CUUUUUUGCAUUCAGAAUUUUCUAAUAUUUUCAUUACACUGCAAUGGCCACAUCGCUUUCUUUUUUAAAUGUGCACGCUGUGGAUAAAAUCCCCGUAUGGCUGGACUGCGAUGUGGGACAUGACGAUGCGAUGGCACUCAUUCUUGCAGCCUACCACCCGAGUAUCAGCCUGCUUGGUGUGUCGACAGUAGCAGGAAACUCCUCGCUUGAAAACACUACGGCCAACGCCAUCAGUGUCAUGCAAGCAGCCGGAAUCAAGGGUAUCGGAGUUUACAAGGGUGCCUCCAGACCGUUGGUAAAGCCCGCUGCAUAUGCUGGCGACAUUCACGGUGCAUCCGGGCUGGCUGGAACUACGUUGCUGCCUGAGCCUGACUUUGCCACUUACCUUUCUGAGGACACCAACGCAGUCAAUGCAAUGUACCGGGCAAUAAUAAGCAACCAGGUCCCAGUGUGCGUGGUGGCUGUGGGACCGCUGACCAACAUUGCACUUCUAAUCAGCAUGUACCCGCAAAUUAUUCCCAAGAUCAGGACACUGUCCAUCAUGGGAGGUGCUGUGGCGCUGGGCAAUGUUACAGCAGCCGCCGAGUUCAACAUACACUUUGAUCCCGAAGCCGCCCACAUUGUUCUAAACUCUGGCAUUGCGCAUAUAUCCAUUGUUCCGCUCGAUGUAACCCACACGGUUCUGACAAAUAAAAACGUUAUUCGGCGCAUUGCCGAGUCCGUGCUGGUGCCCAGGUUUUCACAGUUAAUCACCGAUCUGCUUUUAUAUUUCAGCAGCACAUAUGGGGACGUGUUUGGAAUGGGCGACGGUGCACCGCUUCACGACCCGGUUGCAGUGGCGUAUCUGUUUAUGCGCAAUGCUUUUGUUGAAAGAUAUGUUCGGGUAGACGUUGAUUGCAGUGCAGGGCAUGGCCAGGGCCGUACAUACUGCGACAUGUUUGGCCGCACUGGUAAGCCGCCAAAUUGUUGGGUAGCUACGUCCGUUAAUGUUGAGCAGUUCUGGAACACUAUGCUCGAGGCGCUGGUGGCUGCGUCCAAGGAAUCACCACUAAAAAACAACGGGUAAAUAAUGUAUCUGCAGUACACUCAC